AUGUUUGCAUAUACGUCAUUCACGUCCGAUGACUGGAUGACCUCGGCCUUAGGAUCGCACGAGCUACCAGAUGACAUGCAACGGAAAGCUGCAUGGCCUGGAAAUAAAAUUCUUGUCCCGAGUGCUGAUGUUUCUUACCGCACGAAGCCUGCAGGAUUCGGCCCAGACCGUGUGGAUGAAGAUGGCCUUUGGGGCACGCUCAUUCCUAUUCAGAUCUACCUGGACUCUAGCGAAAAUACUGGAUGUGUAGAAGAAUGGACUAGCGGGACACUGAGAGAGGAAGGGUACAUAAAAGAUUCGCUGCUUCAAACUGUGAUGCAAAAACGAACCAAGAAGCAGCCGCCUUCCGAUUGGAUUGCGUUGGUCGAGCGUGGACAGUGUACAUUUGAACAAAAAGUUCGAACAGCACAGCUUAUGGGAGCGAAAGCUGUGGUUGUGGGUGAUUUUCAGUCUCGCGGCUAUGAGAACGAGCCACUGACGUUGCGUGAACCGGAAGACGUCACAGAGCAAGAUGCACAUAUGCCAUUGAUUAUGGCUCCUGAUGGAGAUGCAAGUGAUAUAGAGAUUCCUUCGUGCUUCGUUGUUCGGACCACUUAUAUGGAACUCAUGAACUUUGUGCGUCAAACGGAUUCACAGCUUCGGGUGGGACUUUAUCUUGAUGCAAGCUUGGAAGAUUCGCCACUGCAAGAUAUAGGGCUGUUCAUUUUCAUUUUACCUGCUCUAUUUGCCCUUUCAGCCGUGCUUCUCCAGCAUGUACGCUUGUGGAUUAAGCGAUUCAGAGAACGUGCAUCGGUCUAUGUAGUUCGUUCGCUGCCCUGCUACACCUGGCGGCCUGGUGGGGCGUGGGAACGGCUUUCGCCUGACGACAUCCCGGAAAAACACACCCAAGAUAAGGUUCUAUGGUUCAUGCAAAAGGUGGACGCUACAUGGGAGAGCAUGAAAAAUGCGUUUUCUCGACGUGAUCCUGAGCAAGAGGCUCUGGUUCGUGAAUCGGAGCAGUUGCACCAUGACUCCACGACACUCGAUCAACGUCCUGGGAGGACGGCCGUAACACAGUCGGGUCGUUUAUUUAUGCAGGACGAGUGCCCGAUCUGUUUAGCGGAGUUUGAUGAUGGCGACCGCGUACGUGUUUUGCCGUGCGGACACGUCUUUCACCAGGAUGAAAUUGAUGACUGGCUCACGGCUGCGCGUCGUUUGUGCCCUACAUGCAAACAAGAUAUUUCUCACUUGUAA